GGCCUAGCGUCCCUUGCAGCAGCAGCCGGUGGAGGCGCUGUCCCCCUUCCCUGUGUCGCCGGCGCUCGCCCGCUCGCUCGCUCUAUUCUCCCUCCGCUUCAGAUUAAAGGGGGGGGAGGGAAAAGAAGGAGCUCAGCCGCCAUUUUCUCAGCUCCGCCACCGCCACCGCCACCGCUUGUCGAGGCGGCGGGAGAGGAGAGCUACUCAGCGAACCCUGCUCGCCUCGUUGCAGCUGAGCCGGGGGCGGCCGGAGCGCGCUCCCCCGGCCGGGGAAAAGGUGUUCGGAGGGUGGCGGCCGGGACAGCGGACUCCGGGCUGCAGACGGCGGCGCUUGUUUGUGCGGGGCGGGGGGGCGGCUUUUCCUUCUCCCCCCGCCCGCCCUUCAGCUCGGGUUGCGGCUCCCAGCCGUGCCCAGGCCCCUGCAGAAGCGGACGAAGGCAGGAAAAGGGCUCGAGAAAGACAAGAGAAAGCGGCCGUUCCCUCCUCUGCUGCCUUCCCCUCCCCCCCGCGGGGAAAGUCAGGGCGGCUCCGGGCGGCGGCGGAGGAGAGCGGGGGCUGCAGGGGGGGCCCGGGCCGGAGCCGGGGCCGUCUCGCGCUCCCGCUCUCGGCCGCCGCCACGGUCCUUCCGACCCUCCCUGGCGAGGCGAGCGGGGUUGUUUGCAAACUGCGCCCAUUUUGUGGGGCUGAAUCCGCCCGGGCUACGCUCCUCCAUCACGUGACUAUCCUCUGGCAACAUAAUAAGGGGCCGUGGAGCUGGCCUCAACAACAGGAGAGGCUGGACUCCCUGUCUCUCUGUGCUGAAUGGCUGCGAUGGCGCCCGCUCUCACUGAUGCAGCAGCUGAAGCUCACCAUAUCCGGUUCAAGCUGGCUCCCCCAUCCUCCACCUUGUCUCCUGGCAGUGCCGAGAAUAACGGCAACACCAAUAUCCUUAUUGCUGCCAACGGAACCAAAAGAAAAGCCAUUGCAACAGAAGAUUCCAGUUUAGACUUCCGAAACAACCCAACCAAGGAAGAUUUGGGAAAGCUGCAGCCAUUGGUGGCAUCUUAUCUCUGCUCAGAUGUAGCAUCUGUUCCUUCAAAAGAAUCUUUGAAAUUGCAAGGGGUCUUCAGCAAGCAAACAGUCCUUAAAUCUCAUUCUCUCUUAUCUCAGUCUUUUGAACUCCGAGCUGAGCUGUUGGGGAGACAGCCAGUUUUGGAGUUUUCCUUAGAGAAUAUAAAAACCAUGAAUACAAGUGGCCAGCCAACUCUGCCACAAGCACCUGUAAAUGGGUUGGCCAAGAAAUUGACUAAAAGUGCAAAUCCUGACCAUGAUAAUUCCAGUUCUCUCAAUGGAGGAAAAUGUGCUCUUUCUUCAUCUACUCUUCAGGGUGUUGAAGUUCGGGGUUCUGAACCUGGGGACUUGAAGGUGGGUUUGACCAAUACAACUCUUCCACAUAGAAACCUUGAUGUUGAGCACAUGUUUAGCAAUAAUGGCACUGCAAACAAAUCUUCUGUAAAUUCCUCGGAGCAGCUGGCACUUCAGGGGGGCAGUGGAGAGAGUAGGUUAUCACCUGACACAAACUCCAAUUCCAAUUUGGGGAGUAGCAAGACACAAGGGCAGAAAUCUCCUCUGCCUUGUAGUGUUUUUAGUUCUCUAGAUUCUGAUAUGAGGACAACAGCAUUAUUGCGACGGCAGGCAGACAUUGAGAGUCGUGCUCGGAGGCUGCAAAAGCGCUUACAGGUGGUGCAGGCCAAACAGGUGGAGAGGCAUAUACAGCAUCAGCUGGGUGGUUUCUUGGAGAAGACUCUAAGCAAACUGCCAAACUUGGAAUCCUUGAGGCAUCGUAGCCAAUUAAUGCUGACCCGGAAGGCUGAAGCUGCCUUGCGGAAAGCUGCCAGUGAGACUACUACUUCAGAAGGACUUAGUAGUUUUUUGAAAAGUGAUUCUAUUUCAGAAGAAUUGGAGCGAUUUACAGCCAGUAGCACAGCUAACCUGAAGUCCAGUGAACAGGCCUUUGAUUCAGAUGUCACUGACAGUAGCUCAGGAGGGGAGUCAGACAUCGAGGAAGAAGAAUUGGCCAAGGCUAAUACAGAACAACGUCAUGUGCCACUGCGACACCGGUCAGAAUGGAGAUGGGCAGCAGACCGGGCAGCUAUUGUCAGCCGCUGGAAUUGGCUUCAGGCUCACGUCUCUGAUUUGGAAUAUCGAAUUCGGCAACAAACAGAUAUUUACAAACAGAUUCGAGCUAAUAAGGGGUUGAUAGUUCUUGGUGAGGCAUCUCCUGCAGAACACACAGCAGUAGACUCAUCCCUUCCCUUUAAUACUGAGGUGAAGGCUGAACAUGGGACUGACAGACUGAUUGAUUCCUUAUCUCAGCCGCUGGAAAAUCUUGGUACCCACAAUACUUCAGAGACUCUUUCCACCAAACCAUGCGGAAUAGUGAGACCAAUCAAUGGAGUUAUUAAUCCACUCCAGGUUAGUUUGGCAGACCAUACUACGGGAGAUGGUUCUGAUGCUGAAGAACUGCUACAUAAAAAGCAACGGUUGAAUCUGGUUUCUGCUUCCACUGAUGGUCCAUGUGGAGCAGCCCGGACACGUCCUGUGUUGAGUUGUAAGAAACGGAGACUCGUUCGGCCUCAUAGCAUUGUGCCCCUCUCUAAGAAGGUUCACAGAAGCAGUACUUUACGAAGCAGCUGUGAUGUGAAUGUUUCCUGUGUGCUCUGUGGUGGUUCAAGUAGUGGCAGUAGUACGAUGCCUCCUGAGAUCCAGUAUGAAGCUCCACUCUUGGAGCGCCUCUCCCAGUUGGACUCUUGUGUUCAUCCUGUAUUAGCAUUCCCAGAUGACGUUCCCACAAGCCUGCACUUCCAGAGUAUGCUGAAAUCUCAGUGGCAGAACAAACCCUUUGAGAAAGUCAAACCUCCCAAAAAGCUUUCACUCAAGCACAGAGCACCCAUGCCGGGCAGCCUUCCUGAUCCUGUUCGUAAAGAUAGGCACAAGUUGGUCAACUCCUUUCUAGCAGCAGCCAUGCUGAAACAUCACACAGAUGUAGGCAAUUCAAGCUAUUUGACACCUGUAACCCACCAUCCACCACCCAGUCCUUUGGUACGACAGCUCUCCUCAUCCACCUCAUCGGAUGGCUCUGUGCCCACCAGCUCAAGUUCACAGGGCACAGUUACCCCCUCUCAACCUGUAAGGAGGAGACGGGGAGAAAGUUCAUUUGACAUUAACAACAUUGUAAUCCCAAUGUCUGUUGCUGCAACAACACGUGUAGAAAAGCUACAGUACAAGGAGAUUCUUACACCCAGCUGGAGGGAAGUGGAUCUUCAGUCUCUAAAGGUGAAUCCUGAUGAAGAGAAUGAGGAGAUUGAGGACCUCUCUGAUGCAGCUUUUGCAGCCCUGCAUGCCAAGUGUGAGGAGAUGGAGCGAGCACGAUGGUUGUGGACCACAAGUGUGCCACCCCAGCGGCGAGGUAGCAGGUCUUAUAGGUCAUCAGAUGGCCGGACAACCCCGCAACUGGGCAAUGCCAACUCUUCCACUCCCCAGCCUGCUUCUCCAGAUAUCAGCAAUAGCCACUCGAUUUCAGAGUUUUCCCACAGUCAGUCCCCUCGAAGCCCCAUCAGCCCAGACCUGCUUUCUGCUUCCCUCACUCCUAUAGCCCGAGAGAACCUGCGACAUCUGUCCAUUGAAGAUACUCGUUGUUCCACCCCAGAGUUGGGACUGGAUGAACAGACUGUCCAACCCUGGGAGCGGCGCAGCUUCCCCCUGGCCCACAGCCCCCAGGCAGAGUGUGAAGACCAGCUGGAUGCACAGGAGCGGGCAGCCCGUUGUACUCGGCGUACCCCAGGCGGCAAGGGAGGCAGGGAGCUGGACAGUGCACCCACCUCCCCUCCUCUUGCAAGUUUCAAGAGCAGGCACCUGUCAUCAUCAGCCACAGUGCAGCGCCCUACCCACAGAUGAACAAGUGGAGUUUGAGAGUCCAACUGAAAUGAACUCACUAACUUGGCAUUAAAGCUUCAGAAAUCUCUUGUGUUUGAUAUUCAAACAUCAUAUGCCGAAAAUUUUCACAGUUUUUAGUGAAUUUAAGGAGUUUAGAAACUGUUUUGGUCUUCUUUUCCCCCUUUCCUUUUUUCCCUUUCAUUUUUGGUUUUCAUGUUGUCUUGUGGCACACCCUAAAUGGACUAUUCCUCCAGUUGGCAAACAAAAGUUUUGGGUAAGACCCUUCCCACCCCUAACUUCCCACCCUGCCUGGUUCUAGCAUGCUUCCCAGCCCCACUGAUUUACUGAACUUUCAGAUUCAUUUUUCCUUACUUAUUAAAACAUGUUUUUGUCACCUGGAACCCAGACAUUAGAGUGCUGAUGUGGGCAUGGGCAUUGGAGUAUUCAUAUUCAGCCCUGACUCCCACUAGGUCUACUGAACGGCUUGCUUGAGGCAGUCUGAAAUGUGUGUAGACCUCAGGUAAACAGGUGGAGCUUCCCUUUAAUGUGGCUAGAA